CGAACAAACAAUUCAGAAGAUCUGGACCAGGUUUUGGGAUGAUUCAGUAUCUGAGUGGAACAAUGACGACAAUUCUUGUGGCGGAUCUAACUAUUCACAACCUGUAGUUUGGAAUCAAGCUGUAAUAGGUAGAGCUAUCACUGAUUCCGGUGAUGUUGCAAAAAUACAUGCCACUAUUGCUAACAUCUACAAAUAUAAAAAUUCAAAUUUAAACGUUUAUUCCGCAACUGAAGCUGAUGAUGAUGAUAUUUAUAGUGACGAUAAUGCUCAAGUGGCUUGGGUCAUGAUUGAUGGCUAUACAGCCACUGGAAAUUUAGAAUAUUUGUAUUCAGCUCAAGAAAUCGUAGAUUUCUUAAUCAGUCAAUGGAAUCCUUCCACUGGUGGGGUGAUAUGGAGUUACAAGCAAAAUUAUGUAGCUUCAAUUUCUACAACUGAAUCUGCUUUGGCUGCAAUGAGGUUGUAUUCUAUCACUCAAAACUCCACCUUGUUAAAUUUUGCUGAGGAUUGCAUGAAUUUUAUGUUUCAAUAUUUACAAGAUCCAAAUGAUAAAUUAUUUUACGAUGGGCUAGAUGCUAAUGAUAUUACAAAUGUUAAUACUGGUAAAUUAACAUACACUGUGGGAACUGGUAUAAGUGCCUUAUCAUACAUGUACAAAUAUACCCAAAACUCAACUUACUUAAAUCAAGCCAUUCUGUUAGGGCAAGCUGCCUUAGAGGAUUCUGCUUUUAUUGAUGGUAUUGGAAUGUUGAACAAUAAAUUGGAAUAUGUUCAUUUACUCUUUGCUGGAUAUGCUGACCUAUUUAACAAUGUUCAAUGGCAAAAUGAAUUUGAAGAUUUAAAGACUAAAAUCCUUAAGCAAGGAAAUUAUAUUUACAAUUUCCUUCAAGACCCUGAUGAUUCUUAUUUAUAUUACGAUCUGGCUACAGGUGGAACACAAAAAAUGUUCAAUGACUAUGAGGACGUUUACCCUGAUAAUCAAGUAUUUACUUUGGAUGAUUCAAUUUAUUGUAAUAAUGAUCCAAAUGCCGCUACUAUAAAAAAUCUUAUGGACAACGCUUCUGCUGCUCAAAUUUUAUACGAAUUAUCUAGAAUUUAGACUUUAUAGACAUUAUUAGAC